ACUUUUCCAAGAAAAAAAAAAAUCCCCCUUCCUUUCCUUUUUUAUUUUUUCUGGACAUUUCAUCUUCUCCUUCUCCAUUCCUGUGCCAAACCCUAAUAAUUCCACUGGGGGAAAAAGAAAAGAAAAGAAAAGAAAAAUCUCAAAAUUGGUAUAUUCGCCGAGAUAAAUACGUAGGUUGAUAGAUACAUUUCUUUUCUUGUACGAAUGCCUAUUGCAAUGGAGGAGGGGAAAUCCUGCAAUGAAAACGGCUACGUAGAAAAAGGAAAAGAAGAAGAAUUUCUUGAUGCUUGUGAUGAAUUCCCAUUCUACGAUUGCGUAGAAUCUCUUCCCGGACGGAUUGAGUCCGAUGCUGACGUGUCAUCAUCAUCAUCUGUUUCAGGUGUUACUCUUGACACCAAGCCCUCGCCGGAGAAACCGUCUCCGGUGAGUCUCCGUCGCAGGAGAUUCACUUCCCGGAAGGACUCGGUAAGUUUUGAGAAGAAUAAUGUUACUUCUGGAGAUGCUAUGCUUAGAUUUUCUGAGAAGUUGAAGGAGAAUGGGGAGAAAGAUGGAAUUUUUUCUCGAAAUUCGGAGAAAAUAGAUGAAAUUAGGCAUAGUUUGAGAUCGGGAAAAGUUGAAAAUGGUGAAAGUGAGGUUUUUGAUGGGGAAAGUAAGGCUAAUUCGAUGAUUUCAUACACGAAUAAUGAAAGAGAUGAUGAGUAUUUUGAAGAAAAUUCGGGGUUAAGCAGAACGCACGAAGGGGAUUCGAGUUUUUUGAUGGUUCUAGUUCGUUUAGUAAUAAAAGCAAUUGGGUUUCAAUUCAGUUUGUUGUUUAGUUUCUUUACUUUUCCAGUAUGGGCUAUUUAUACCUCAUACAUGUUCGUAAUGGAUCCUUUUGGUUAUAUGAAGCGAGGGAGACAGUAUGUGAUUCGAAAAGCACUGAGAAUUUUGGGUAAUUUCUUUGGGAAUGUUUCAUCAUUUGUCAAUGAAUGGUUUAGACAGCAUAAAUCGUUGUUGGAGUUGGGUUUGAAGUUUGUAUGGGGACUGUUGUGGUCGGUUUAUGUAUGUGUUGUUUUGGUCGUAUUGUUGGUAUCCGCGUUUGUUGUGGGAGGUAUAUUGAUGAAUGCUGCGGUGGAGGAACCAGUUAGAAUAAAGGAAAUUUUGAAUUUUGAUUAUACACAGAAGAGUCCAAUAGCAUAUGUGCCGAUAAUAGGGUGUCCUGGUCCAGAUUGUGGGAUACAGUCUAGUGAAAACUUCGAUGUUUUGAAGUUUGACGGAAUGCGUGUUAUACCUCUUGAUCAUAAGUUGCAGGUUACUGUUUCACUGACAUUGCCCGAGUCUGACUACAAUCGGAAUCUUGGGAUCUUUCAGGUCAGAGUGGAUUUUCUUGAUCCUGAUGGUAAAGCUCUUGCAAGCUCUAGGCAGCCCUGCAUGCUGCCGUUUAAAAGCAGGCCUAUUCGCAUCUUAUUAACUUUUCUCAAAGUUGCUCCGCUCCUUACUGGCUAUACAUCUGAGUCCCAAGAUUUGAUCAUAAAGUUUAAAGGUUUUACUGAAGGUGGUAGACCAACUUCCUGCUUAAGGGUGACUAUUGAACAACGGGCUCAAUUUGCGCAUGGUGCAGGCGUUCCUGAAAUAUAUGCUGCAUCUCUAACACUGGAAUCAGAACAACCUCUACUGAAAAGAAUUGUAUGGUACUGGAGAAGAACAUUGUUUAUCUGGGUUAGCAUGACAGUAUUUACAGUUGAGUUGCUCUUUACUCUUCUCUGCUGCAACUCUAUAAUCAUCCCAAGAGUAAAUCUGGGUCGUACUAGAAAUGGUCCACUACAAAACAGUGAUUCAAUUCAAAGUUAGCUGGGUGCAUGAUUUUGGCUAAUUUGGCAAUGUUGUUAAAGAUAGAAUUUUUUUUAAGUGUUGUGAUUGACAGGUUCGAAUCUGUUUGUAUAUGGUAACGGGCAAGUAAAAGGUAGCUUUAAUAAA